AAAAUGGUCAUGGCAUGUGAUUGCACCUUAAAAGGCGGGCGAGGCGGGCCAGACUGCUAAGAGACGGAGAGCUGCCAGGCGGUUCGGCUUCCGUGGAGGUGCCGCAAAACUUGAGUCCCCGAUCCCCUCUCCCGGAGUUGAACAGCCCCCGGGCCUCCCGUGGACCUCUCCCCCGAGGCCGAUCGGCAGAAGCGCAUCAUUCUCGUUUGGAAGCGGUGAUGGCGACGGCGUCGGAUUUUAAAACCAAUGCAGAUCAGGCUUGCAGAGCCGCCGAAGAGUUUGUCAAUGUUUACUAUGAAACCAUAGAUAAAAGAAGAAGGAUGAUGACCAGGCUGUACCUCGAUACGGCGACUUUGGUCUGGAAUGGAAAUGUUGUGAACGGACAAGAUGCUUUGGGCAAAUUUUUUGAGACAUUGCCUGCGAGCGAGUUUCACAUCAACGUAGUGGAUUGUCAGCCUGUCCAUGAACAGCAAAUAGAGAGCCAAACGACUGUCCUUGUGGUGACCUGUGGACGUGAAAUUUGAUGGAACAAACAACGCUACUUCAACCAGAAUUUCCUGUUGACCGCCCAAGUCAUGCCAAACAGCACCGUGUGGAAGAUCGCAAGCGACUGCUUCCGUUUCCAGGAUUGGUCUAAUUAGAUCUCGCCAAAAAUGGCCAGACUUGCUGGUCUCUGGCCCAAAUGCUCAUCCAGUGUUCUUGCUUUAAAAUGUUUCAAAUUCAUUCAUGUUUUCCUGUCGUCCAGUUCAUUUUAGAAGUUCUGUGAACCCAGGGUGCGUCAGAGCUGACAUGUCUGUAAAAAUGACUUAAAUUCCCAGUAGCAACUUUUAGGGUCACUUUUAAAAGCAGUGGACUUGUGUUUGUCUGUAACAUGCCUUUUAAAUACUCUGUUACUGAAAUGCUAACUGCUUACCUUUGUUAAAAGAUCACCAAGAUUACAAAGAUUAUAAAUCCAAUCCAAGGAAAAUUUCAUUCUUUAUGUCCCAUGGGCCCUCUCAUUAAAUUAGCAUUGCACAUGGGAUGUACUAAUACACAAACACUUGCCUCCUUUUAAUAAACGUGAAAGCAGCCAUCUAAAUCAGGACUAUUGAAAUUGAUGAGUUUUACUGGCUGGGUUUUCAUAACUCCUCAAAUAUUCUGGAAAUGUGCUCGUGAAUUAAUUCCUAAAUUGUCAUUUCUAAUGAAUUAAAAAGUUGGCAUUCAAAAUGAGUAGAAAAGCUGUUUUCAAACCACAUAUAUUGGAAUAUAUGAAUUUGAAUGCAUUAAAGUCUCAAUUUUGCAGUAGCUAUAAGUAUUCAUUCACUUCUUUGUCCUUUCCUCAUCACUUUUCCUUUUAUAUGGUUGUGAUUAAUAUAGACUCUUUCCUCUGUUCCUUUGUUUUCACUUUGUAUUGUUUCACAAGAGGUUUUCCUCCAUUUCUGUGUUACUCCCAUGUGCUUAUCUUAAUUAUUAGCUGAUUUAAUUGUAUUAUGGUUUGUUGUUAUGUACCUUUACUCUCCUACAGUUGGAUGUCUUGUGUCCAGUUUUUUUGGAAAUUACAAAUAAUACCACUUUUGAGCAUCUCUG